CCAAAAGAGAAAAUAACAAUAAGAGAUGGAGUCGGAGGUGGAGAGGAAGAAGCUGAGAGUGUUGGUGGCGGUGGACGAGAGCGAGAACAGCUUCUACGCGAUCGAAUGGGCCAUGGAUCAUCUAAGGGAUGUCAUAAGUGCUGAACCGGACACCGGUCGUGCCGGUGGCUUGCUCACUCUGCUACACGUUCACCCUCCCUACGCCCACUACGUCUACCCCGCCGGUAGCGCCGCGGUGUUUGCGGCGACAUCCGUGCCGGAAUCUGUGAAGAAAGAACGAGAAGAAAGAACGGCGGCCUUGUUCACAAGGGCCUUGCAGAUAUGCAGAGGGAAAAUGGUGAAGGCAGAGACGUUGGUACUUGAAGGAGAUCCAAAAGACGUGAUCUGCCAGGCCGUCGAGCAAAUGCACGUCGACCUCCUCGUCAUCGGAAACCGCGGACUCGGAAUGAUCAAAAGGGCGUUCCUAGGGAGCGUGAGCGACUACUGUGCCCACCACGCGAAAUGUCCCAUCCUCAUCGUGAAGCCGCCUCGAGAGUCGUCUACUUCUACUGCUACUGCUACGGCUAGUUCUAAGUAAGAUGGCCAAAUACACGAGCAGAAAUCAAUAAAGCAAGCUGUUACCCUUUUUUUCCAUUUCUUCUCCUGUUGUGUAUAUAUGUAUGACCCACCUACAAUGUAGUUGUUCUUUUCCGUAAAGUUUCGUUCGCCGUA